AAGGUGCACCCUGUGAGCGCGCGGACACUGUGAUCCGUGGGUUCUGUUGUCCGGCCGCAGAAACGACGAUGGCCCAGCGUUGGAGCGGGUUUGGGAAUAGCGGCAGGGAUCAAGAAGUGGCGAGGGCCAGAAACAGGCGGUGGGAAGAGUUUUGGGGGGCAGAGGAGAAUGACUGGGCUGAAGAGGAAGAUGAGGACGAGGAGGAGGAGGAGGAGGAGGUGAGGGAGUUCGAAGACGAAGAACAGGAGGAGAGAGAGGAAGACGACGAGGACGUGGAGUGGGAGAACGUGAUGGAGGGAAAUUGGGUGAUUGAGGAGGAAGAGGAGGAUUGGGAGGAGGAGGAGGAGGAAGAGCAGGUGAAUGUGGAGGAGAAGGCAGAGGGGAAGGAAGACGAGGAGGACGCCGAGGAGGAGGACUGCCACCUCUCUCUGGAGGCUCUUCGGGUACUGGACAAGCUGAAGGCUAUGAACUGCCCCUUCCUCAAUGGUCUCUAUAAAAGUAAACUGAAGACGGCCAAACAGUUCCUGUGCACCCCGUCAAUUUACCGUUUGGAUAUUCUGGCAUGGUUAAUUACAAGAUUGUAUCCCCCAUUUCGUGAAUCAUUUGAUACUUGGCAAGAUUCUAACCCUGAAGAGAAAAUCAUAGAGUUGACUAGACUUGGCCAUGAACUGAUGCUGUGUGGGCCAAAUGAUCAGGAUCUCAUUAAGGGCUGUGCCUCGGAGAAACAGCAGCUUGGUUUCAUGAAUGAAUUAAUCAAUCUGAUAGAAGUUCUGAGUUCUGAAAUCAAUGACAGUCUUACCAGCAGUGAGAACCUGAACAUCCGUGAGUUGAUGGAGAAAAAGAAGAUUAUGCCAACGAAGUUUUUCAAUCCAGAUCUGUCCCAGGAGACCACAGACCCCAAGCCAAACCCUUCAUCUGCAGCGGCUGCUAUGCCUGGUUGUGAGAAAAAUGGAAACCUUUGUGAAAAGCCACUGAAGGCAAAGAUGAAGGUGGAAGAGCUGUCGGAAAAACUGACCAAGCUCACUGAAAUACUGCAGGCGCAUGAGGAAGAGGUCCGUAAUCGCCAGAGCAGUGCCAACAAACCGUUUUUGCUGAGUCCUACUGGACGCCCUGUUCGGAACAAGAAAACUGUCAAUGAAGCCAAGAGUGUAAAGGCAGAGAGGAAGAAAGCCUAUUUGGGUGGAGCCAACUCUCCAAUGACCGUGGGUAUGCAGUCUCUGCCCCCCAAACCAGUGACAAACCCAACUACACCGACUGGCAUACCCAGUGUGGAAAGUGAACUGGGGGACUCUCCAUAAUGGGCCAUAACUCAAUAAUCCCUCUGGCCUACCAUACAUUUCUUAACAGAAGCAAUAAUAAUUAAUAAUAAUAACAAUAGCUGUCAUUUAUAUAGCACUUUAAGGUUUGCCAAGCACUUUGCCAAUUUUAUUUCACUUGAUUUUCUUACCAACCUUGCAAGGGUCAAAUAGCUAGUUCCUGGGAGAGUCUCAUAUCAGUUAAACCAAAAAAAGGCUCAGGUGAUCACGUCUCAAAAUGAAUAGUUGGUCUUCUAGACUAUAGGUUCCAUGAAAGCAGAACUCACACUCUAUCUAGGCAUUCCUUUCCCAUAGAACCUAGCUAGCACUCUGUAGAGAUUCUUAUUUUUAUAAAUUUGGCUCAGUUCCUUAUAUAUUUUUGAAAUGAUGUCUUUAUCAGAGAAACUUACUGUGAAAAAUUUUUCCCCCAGUUUCUUACUUUCCUUCUAACUAUGGUUUUAUUUUGCAAAAACCUUUUUUAACUUCAAUCCAAAUGAUCAGUUUUACCUCCAGUGACGUUCUCUUUUAUUUGGACAUAAACUCUUCCCUUAUCCAUAGAUUUAACAGGUAAAUUCUUCCAUGCACCCCUAAUUUGCUUAUGAUGCACCCUCUCUGUCUAAGUCAUUGAUCAUUCUGACUUUCAUCAUGGCAUCAUGCUGCGAUGGUUUGUCCCAGUAGUUUUUGUCAAAUAGUGACUUCUUGCACCAAUACCUUGGAUCUUUAGGUUUAUCAAAUAUUAGGUUGCAAUGGUCAUUUACUAUUGAGUAUUGUUUACCUAAUCUGUUCCAUUUCUUAUCUAGAACCAAGUUGUUUUGAUGAUUAUGGCUUUUUAAUAAAGUUUGAAAUCUGAUACUU